UGUUCCCUUGUCAUUUAAAAUAACGCAUACCACAGUAGUUUCAGGCAAGCUUUGUUUACAUGUCGCCUGAUACACUUCGUUGAGUUCAAAUACAUCUAUUUUGUUCGUCGCAGUGCUAAUAUUUGGAGAUGGCUUCAGGCUACCGAAAACCCAACACCAAUUCCAACCAGAGGAAAAAGGCAUGUCCUAAACCAGACUUGACAGAGGAACAAAAGCAGGAGAUCAGAGAGGCCUUUGACUUGUUUGAUACAGAUGGCUCAGGAACAAUUGACGUGAAGGAACUCAAGGUUGCCAUGCGUGCCCUUGGCUUUGAACCAAAGAAAGAAGAAAUCAAGAAGAUGAUAGCAGACAUCAACAAGGAGGGCUCUGGGACCAUUGAUUUUAAUGACUUUCUCUGUAUGAUGACACAGAAAAUGAGUGAAAAAGACUCAAAAGAAGAAAUCCUGAAGGCUUUCCGCUUAUUUGAUGAUGACGGCACAGGAAAAAUUUCCUUCAAAAAUCUCAAGAGAGUUGCCAAGGAGCUAGGUGAAAACCUGACAGAUGAGGAAUUGCAGGAAAUGAUUGACGAAGCAGACCGAGAUGGAGAUGGAGAGAUCAACGAGCAGGAGUUUCUAAGGAUAAUGAAGAAGACAAGUCUAUAUUGAAUGUCUUCUGUUUCCCAACGUUUAUCUUCCACUGCUGGAACAGUCUCACUUAGAUGCCUUUUGAUCGUUUUAAGGGUACUUUAUGAAAUAGCAUUUAGUGGCUUUUUUUUUUAUAUGGCUUGUAAAUGUAACAUCUAUACACAGAUUUUUGAAUAUUUUAGAUGUUUUUGUUUAUAUUUAAUAUUUUACUUAUGUUGACUAUUUUAAUUAAAUCAUAGUUCAAGUCUAAGUUAUGGUCUCCUCUUUACCAUGGAAGUGAAAUUAUAUUGUUUAUUCGAAGGACCCUUGUACCUAUUACUGUAUGGCUCCUAUGGCUAUUUGGUUCCCUCUUGUGACAUAUGAAAUGAAGUGCAGCUAUAAUUGUCUUAACUUAGACAUAUGAUUUAGCCCUUUUUCUCAAGUUCAGUGAAACAGUUUGCUUAUUGAUAUAGCUUUUGAUUAUGCACUUCACAUUAUCGAGACAAACGUACAGCUCUGAAUCCAAGAAAUCAAAUAAGCGUUGGGCCAGUAACUGAAAGUUUGCUAGAUUGAAUCGCUGAGCUGACAAGGUAAAAAUCUGUUGUUCUGCCACUGAACAAGGCAGUUAACCCACUGUUCCUAGGCCGUCAUUGUAAAUAAGAAUUUGUUCAUAACUGACUAAGCCUAGUUAAAUAUAAAAAUAUGGCUGGCUGGAUAUUAUGACUAAGUCACUCUCGGAUAACUUCAUGCAUGGUAUAAGAAAUGACUGGGUUGAAUGUAAGAUGAGUAACUGUCAGUAAAAGUGAUCACUGGGUGAGUCAGUAACCAUAACUCAUUUGGUCUGGCUUAUGCAGACAAUGGCAGACUGCCAUCCUGCUCCCACAAAUGCUGGGUCAUUAUAUUGUAAUUACAUGGAUCAUUACAUUGAUUUGAACAUUUUACAGGGUCUUGGCCGUUUGACUUACAGGUCUUUCUUUAAGCAAGUCAUCUUAGAACCAGCAUGCCUGGCUAACAGGCCAAAGCACAGCAAUACAAUAAAAUAAACAUGGACGACAUACAUGAUUUGAUUUAGAUUUGAUUUUAAUGACAUGACUACAAGCAUAGCAAUACAGAGAUGUGCGGUGAGAUGAUCAGGCAUGCAGAUAAAUAAUGACACGUAGAGGUGUAAGAAAAUGAACCAUUCCGCUCUGCCUAAAUAAACAGGAUAUAAUGCUUACGUA